GUCGCAGCAGUUUGUAUGCUAUUGCAGUGCAGACUGCAGUCUUCCAUGUCUCUUUCUUGUCCAAGUUGAGCAUCCCGCGCUCGAAGCUCCUAGGGUUUAAGCUUCUGCAAGUUCUGAAGUUACUGAGAUUUAGGGUUUAUCAAUCGCGUACUUCGGUCAUUAGCGGAAUAUGGACGUCGAAAUGGACGCUUCUCCGAGCUACUUCGACCCGGAAGAUCUCACCAUCAGAGAGCAAUAUCGCCGAUAUGGGAAAAGACCCUCGGGAUCAAGCAUAUCGCCUCACCGAGAAAACUCGCCUUCAAAGUUCAGUGAAUCGAGGUUGCUAUAUGAUGGACAUGAUAUCCAUAGCCCGACUAAUGCUGCACUCAUUCUUGAAAAUAUCAAAAACGAGGCCGAUAGCAUAGAUGCUUCUUACUCAGAAGGAACACCUUUAAAGACACAUUUAGCUUUAAAAAGGAGUUUGUCUUACGAGGGUCAUGGCAUUCCAGAAGUGGAUUUUGGUUUUGAUUCGGUGCGCUCUUCACUAAAAGCUUGCAAACGCGAGGAUGAGACGCUGACCGAUGGUGGAGACACAACAUUUACUUUUUUUGCCUCUCUUCUUGAUUCUGCUCUUCAAGGGUUGAUGCCUAUUCCUGACCUGAUACUAAGAUUUGAGAAAUCCUGUCGAAAUGUUUCCGAGUCAAUUAGGUAUGGCUCCAAUGUACGGCAUCGUGUUGUAGAGGACAAGCUAAUGAGGCAAAAGGCCCAGCUCCUUCUUGAUGAGGCUGCUUCCUGGUCCCUCUUGUGGUACCUCUAUGGAAAAGGAACUGAAGAUAUCCCAAAAGAGCUCAUCUUGUUGCCCCCAACUUCACACUUGGAGGCUUGCCAGUUUGUAGCCGAGGACCAUACCGCACAGUUAUGCUUGCGGAUUGUUCAGUGGCUAGAAGAUUUAGCUUCCAAAGCACUUGACUUGGAAAGAAAGGUGCGAGGAUCACAUAUUGGUACCUAUCUCCCAACUUCUGGAAUCUGGCAUCAUACCCAACGUUAUCUUAAAAAAGGUGCCUCCAAUACAAGCACUAUUCAUCACUUAGAUUUUGAUGCUCCAACACGAGAACAUGCUUAUCCGCUACCUGAUGACAAGAAGCAGGAUGAAUCUCUUUUAGAAGAUCUCUGGGCGCUUCUGAGAGCUGGGAGACUUGAGGAGGCGUGUAACCUCUGUAGAUCUGCUGGACAACCAUGGAGAGCUGCAACUUUGUGUCCAUUUGGGGGGCUGGACCAAUUUCCUUCUGUUGAAGCUCUCUUAAAAAAUGGGAAGGGCAGAACUUUACAAGCCAUUGAACUGGAAAGUGGCAUAGGUCACCAAUGGCGUCUUUGGAGAUGGGCUUCUUAUUGUGCCUCGGAGAAAAUUGCUCAUCAAGAUGGUGGGAAAUUUGAAGCGGCUGUAUAUGCAGCACAAUGUAGCAACUUGCAGCGCAUGCUUUCUAUCUGCACUGACUGGGAGUCAGCGUGCUGGGCAAUGGCAAAGUCAUGGCUAGAAGUUCAAGUGGAUUUGGAGUUGGCUAAUUUGCAACCAGGGAGCCUUGAUCAAUUUAGAAACUCUGGCGAUGUAAUUGAUGGAAGUAGUGAUCAUGCAUCUCAGCGUUCAAAUAGACCAGAAAACUGGCCGCUCCAAGUUUUGAACCUGCAACCACGACAACUGUCUGAUCUUCUUCGGAAGCUACAUUCGGGGGAAAUGGUGCAUGAAAGUGUUACUCGGGCAUGCAAGGAUCAACAACGCCAAAUUGAGAUGGUUUUGAUGUCAGGUGAUAUACCACGUCUGCUGGACCUCAUAUGGUCGUGGAUAGCACCUUCAGACGAUGAUCAGAGUGUAUUCAGUGUGCAUGUCAAGCAUAAGAUCUUCCUUUCUGCAGUGGAGUAUUUACCUUUUUCUGCUGGGGACGAUUCAAAAGGCAGUUUUGAAGAAAUUAUUGAGAGGGUCUUAUCAAGAUCUCGGGAAACAAAAUUUGGUAAGGAUAAUGAGUUAUCAGAUGUUGCAGAGCAGCAUCGCCUGCAGAGUCUUCAAAAAGCUAUGGUUACCCAAUGGCUCUGCUUUACAACCCCCUCCACAAUUAAUAAUGUCAAAGAAGUUAGUCUGAAACUUCUUUUGCGAGCAUUGAUACAUAGCAACAUAUUGUUCAGGGAGUUUGCUCUCAUUUCCAUGUGGAGGGUUCCAGCGAUGCCCAUAGGUGCCCAUAGAUUACUUAGUUUUCUUGCUGAACCUUUGAAGCAACUACAAGAAUUGUCUGAUACAUUGGAGAAUUAUAAUGUCUCUGAGAAUCUGAGGGAGUUCCAGGAUUGGAGUGAAUAUUAUUCCUGUGAUGCAACAUAUCGCAAUUGGCUCAAAAUUGAAUUAGAGAAUUCAGACGUUUCUCCUCUUGAGCUCUCAUUGGAGGAAAAACAAAGAGUCACUUCAGCAGCAAAGGAGGCCUUGAAUUCGUCUCUGUUAUUGCUAAUGAGGAAAGAAAAUCCAUGGUUAGAGUUCGCCGAAGAUCGUAACAAUGAAAUGGUGGAGCCUGUAUUCCUUGAAUUGCACGCCACUGCAGCGCUCUGCCUUCCUUCUGGUGAAUGUAUGUGUCCAGAUGCAACCAUAUGCACUACAUUAAUGAGUGCACUUUACUCUUCAGUGAGUGAAGAAAUUGUGACAGAGAGGCAACUCACGGUAAAUGUUUCCAUAUCAUCGGCGGAUAAUUACUGCAUCGAGGUAGUGCUUCGUUGUUUGGCAGUGGCAGGUGAUGGUCUUGGACCACGAGAGCUCAAUGAUGGUGGUAUUCUUGGUACCAUUACGGCUGCUGGCUUCAAAGGCGAGCUUCCUCGAUUCCAAGCAGGGGUUACAAUGGAGAUUUCUCGGUUAGAUGCUUGGUUUUCAAGCAAAGAUGGAUCUUUAGAAGUCCCAGCAAUGUAUAUUGUGCGGGGACUUUGCCGUAGGUGCUGCCUUCCGGAACUCAUUCUUCGAUCCAUGCAGGUCUCGGUUUCUCUCAUGGAGUCAGGCGUCACGCCUGAAAUCCACGAUGAUUUGAUUGAACUAGUUGGGAGCCCUGAAACAGGAUAUUUUCAUUUGUUUAGUCAGCAACAGUUACAGGAAUUUUUAUUAUUCGAGAGGGAAUACUCAAUAUUCCAAAUGGAGCAUCAAGAGGAAGAACUUUCUUGAUUAUGUUGCUGCUAGAGACCGAUGGUGAAGUUGUAAAGUUGUAUGGCGGGUGGUUCUUUUUUUUUUUUCCUUGGUGUAAACUUCAAGUCUGUGACGUCUAUUUUCUUGGGGAUGGACGGUGAAGCAGUGUUCCCAAAUUUGAACGGCUGAAAUUUUAUUUCUGAUAUAUAAUUUGUUAAGCUCUUAAUCCAGUUCCCCUCGGGGGGGAAAAAAAAAAAAUCUUAAUUAAAGUCAAAGUGGUCCAUCUGUAGUUUGUACUCACAAUUUUCCUAGAUAAC